GCAGUAUUUGAGACCAAMCAACUCCAAAUCCCAGCAAUGGCAGGGGAAUAUAUUCAGGAUGUUUUCCAUGCAUGUACAAGUAUGCUGGUUUUUUAGAAGCUGUGAGACAAUUUGUACUCAGCAGACCUUUCCCAGGUGAAACCACAGUUCAGAAGGUGUUGUCCCCUCAUGGAAAAGUCAGCCCUGAUCCUACUGAUCAGGCAAUGCUUGCCCUAAAAAAGGGCAAAGAUGUGGCUGACACAUCGUUCAGCCAAAUCCCUGGCGCACACAGGGAGUCACCGGCAGAUCCUGGCAAUUGCAAACAGAGCCCAAGCCAGGAUUCAAAGACAAGAWCAGAAGAUUAAGCUCCUAUCAAGAGGUAAUUAAAAGCCAGGAAAUAAUGAUGGCAAUCACAGCGAAUCAGUUGGCACAGGGAUGUUUGCCCAACAAAUGUCAUUAUAGGCAGAAGCAGGAAUUACYCUCCAUCAGCAGAAAUAUUCCAUCAAAUUGCUGUGAAUGACCUGAUCAGGUAAUUAAAGGGACAUUCCAGCCCCRCUGCAUUGUUUGCUGUUAAUCACGAUCGUUCAUAUCCAUAUCUUUACCCAAACAAUUGCUUCUGAUAAGGCUGCAGAUUUAUAGGGGACCCCGAGAGGAGCGGGCAGUGGACCCUCAGCCGCGAGCUGGGAGCGACCAGGCUUGGAAGAAGGCAAACAAUAAAGAAGUGUGUUAUAAAUUACAGAUAGGACUGCUGUGUGAUCCUGAAGGAAGGGAGARAACAUGGUUUCCAUGAGGACAACUCUGUGGCAAGUAAUUAUUCCCAUGAUUGUCCUGUCCCACUUCUCAGCAUCUCUGCCAUCCCAGCAGAGGACAGAGCGCCACGCGGACGGGCUGUUCCACAGCGAGCUCAGCAAGAUGAACGGCAAUGCCUACAUGCAGCAGCUGGUCAAGCACCUGGUGGGCCUCAAGGACAGGGCCCAGAGGCACUCGGACGGGCUGUUCACCAGCGAGUACAGCAAGAUGAGAGGCAACGCCCAGGUGCAGAAAUUCAUCCAGAACCUCAUGGGCCGCAAGCGCAGCUCUCCUGGCCCAAUCAACACAGAUGUGCAGGGRAGAGAGGGAGUGAACAACCCUGAGGAACUUUGCUUUCUCUGGUUGUACCAGAGCUUUCUGAACACCAGCCGCUCAGACACAGAUGCCAGGGAGGCUGCUGCCAUUGCCGGCCAGUUCGUUUGCCCCUUCUCUAAGCAGCUGGUUGAGGACAUGAAGAAAGAUACAGAUGGUGCUGAAUGAAGGUGAAGGGAAAGAAACAGCCAAGGAGACAGCUUUGCACGUGUACGGCCUUGAAAAUAAAUUGGGAAGCUCUUGCUUAGGAAAAACGCUUGAGAUYGGCAAAUAAAUAAAAAUAAUCCUGGAAAGCAGCCAAAAGCCAGUGAAACCUCUGAGAUUAUCCACCGUGGAAUGUAUGUGGGUGUGAACUGCUGUCAGUAGAUGGAGCCCGGGUGAAGCACAUCCCUUCCACUCUGUGCUGGCAUCUGGCUGCUUGCUGCUGGUCCCAAAUAAAGAUGGUUAGCUGUGCCUGUGCCUUGGCUGCUUUUGGGAAACUGGAGUAAGGGUAGUUCCAUUAUGAGGUCUCAGAUCAUUAGGAAUGCUAGGGAGGAACAUUUUGCCAGGAUUCCCCCACAGGAAGCAUGGUGGGUCACGUGGCUGGGACUGGGGAAUGCCUCCAGCUUUGCACAGAGGUCAGAAUUGGGGCUCCAUGUAGCAGGAACAAAGCCAGAUGUUAGGUUUUAUGGCAAAGAAAUGUUCUGAGAGCU